AUGAAUGCCGAACAAGAACGACUCGAAAGGUUGGCUAAACUGAAGACCUUGGGCGAACAAGUCCGGAUAGGCGGCAAAGCUUUGUCUGAGUUGUUCCCGAGCGUUAUCAAUCAGUUGGAGACCGCAAAGAUGCGUCUUUCGAAGAUGAAUGAAGCAGCCGGUGCUGAUGGAAAGGAAAACGAUGCGGCCCAAAACGAUGACGAUGAUGAUGUACCCGACUUAGUUGGAGACUUCGAUGAGAAAAGUCGUUUGGAAUAA